AUCAACACAGUACAUAAUAAUACAUCUCAUAAAUUAACCGUGUAAAUUUCUAUUCAAAAUAUUUUAUUUAUAAUUUGGUUAGUUCAAAUUCGUUCCAACAACUGGAUUAUUGAGGUGACUGUGGGUCAAUAAUGGCUACAAAGGUUGCCGUGGUUACCGGUGGAAAUAAAGGAAUCGGAUUUGCCAUAGUCCGCGGACUGUGCAAACGUUUCGAUGGUGUAGUUUACCUCACUUCGCGAGAUAUCAACCGAGGUACAAACGCCGUUGCUGAACUGAACAAGGAAGGUUUAAACCCUAAAUACCACCAGCUAGACACCACAGACCCGAAGAGCAUUGAAGUAUUCCGUGACUACAUUAAGGGAAAUUAUGGGGGAUUGGAUGUUUUAGUUAAUAACGCCGCUAUAGCGUUUAAGAGCAAUGCACCAGAUCCAGUUGCUGUGCAGGCCGAACAAACGCUGGCCGUUAAUUAUUUUGCAGUUUUAUCAACUUGUGAACUAUUGUUCCCGAUUUUGAGAAACGGAGCUAGAGUCGUGAAUGUAUCUAGUUCGUGUGGUCAUUUAAGUAACAUUCCGAGUGCAAACUUAAGAAAUCGCUUGAAAGAUCCCAGUUUGACUAUUAAUGAGCUUUCCGAUUUGAUGCGGCAGUACGUAGAGGCAGCGAAGCAGAACACGCACGCAGCGGAAUGGGGCAACUCCUCGUAUGUUGUGUCGAAAGUUGGAUUGACUGCUUUGACUAUGAUCCAACAGCGAAUGCUCAAUGAUAAAGAUAUAAAAGUGAAUGCAGUGCAUCCGGGUUAUGUGGACACAGAUAUGACAUCUCAUAAAGGCAUACUGACAAUUGACCAAGGGGCAGAUGCCCCACUAUUUCUUGCUCUAGAUGCCCCUGAUUCUGUGAAAGGGCAAUAUGUCUGGUCUGACAGGAGGAUUGUAAACUGGGAUGGAGCACACCCAUAAUAAUUAACAAUAUUUAACUUUUUGCAUAUUCCAUGGAAAUUUAGCUUUAUUCUUGAUAUUUUAUAUAAAUUAAGGAAAACUUUUUAAUCAUGUUAUUAUUCAAGUUUAUAAUAAAACUGUAUUUUUUUA